UCCAAAUUAAACCAAAAAAAAUUUAAUAAUAAAUUAGCAGGUUUUUUUUACCAAAAAUACUUGUCUUUUGGUAGCAUUUUUUCCGAAAAGUUCUCACAAAAUGCCAUGCAUAUUAAAAACAACACAACUCAAUUUAGCUCCACGUGAGGCGAAUUUAAUUGGCGGAGCUUACUGUCAUCACGCUCUUGAAAGGCCUGAACCAUUUUCUGCUACGACAUUUUUUCCAACUUAUAGGAAAGUACCAUUAACCCUGAAACCUUAUGCACGUCAUGAUCAACCGCCCCCGGAAACUGAGCGCAGUAAAUUUCAUACGGAAGAACUUGUACGAAUUUCGGAAUUUGACUUUCGGGACUACUAUACACGUACUCUAGUGGAGAGUCAAGAACUAGGUUGGAUACGUAACUCAAAAGUAGUUUUAGUCGAUAAACCAUUACCGAGAGUCUUUAUUACUUCAGAAAUUACGCGAAGGGUUAUUUCAUUAAGUCCAUUCUUAUCUCAUGAGAUUAUUUUAGAUGACCCAUAUUGUAUUUGUACUCCUCAUGGACCGAAGGAUCACUGGAAAAUUGUUUGAGUGCACAAGCAUUUAAGUGGCAAAACGAUUGGGUAAUAAAAUAUGAAGUUGCCCUUAUGGGUAAUAUGUGCUGAGACAUAUUUUUGUAAUACUUUUUCUAAUAUAUUUUAUAAAUGAUUUUGUAAAAGAAAU